AGCACAGCCAUAAGUCGCAAGCAGUACAUUUCGUUUCAAUAGCUGAACAAGUCGUUUGUUGUCCAAGAACCUCUUACCAAGUCCACAAUUUAAAUAAAAAUGAAACUCUUCUGUUUAUUAUUCUCUUUAUUCUUGGUGGAAAGUUUGGCAUAUUAUUAUGAUCGUUAUGUGAAAUUAGUUCACCUCACAAAUAUGGGCAUCAGGCGUGCUUAUCUUAAGAAUGAUUUAAGAGUACGAGGUAGAUCUGGAGCAAAUAGAUUGGAGCAUCUAAUUGAGACAAUAGUUGAGGAAAUCAAUACCGAACUUAUACACCAAGAUUUCCGUAAUCAUAGUAAAAUUUGUUUGUUGUUGGCUGUACCGGACCAUGAUGAAAUUCUCUUUAUGCCAGAACAUCCAGAUCUUUAUUACAAAGCCAAUCUAUACUUUGACAAAAUGCUUCAAGACUUAAAUACUAUAGCAGGAGUUGAUAUGGAAGGAUGUAGUUAUCCAUAUGAAUAUACACUGAAACAACUUGCAAACGAUACAAGAAAAUUAGUUGCUUGGUCUUUAAAAAGUAUAAUCGGACGUCGUAUGUUAGGUGAAUCUGUGCGGGUAGAUGAUACUGAGUCUUUAAUAGCGAAGUGUCUAUUGCUUGGAAUAUAUUUUAGUACCCAAUCUCCUGAAUCAUACAUAAAACAAGUUGAUAUUGACUCAAGAAGCCGUACAUGUAUCACAACGGAUACAAGAAAUAUCCAAAAGAGAUACAGGAAAAUCGAAGGCACGUGGUUUGAAAUACACUCAGGUGAACAACGAGGAGAAUCACUCGAGGCACAAUUACAAUAUGGAUAUCCACGAGUUCAACCCACAUACUAACCUAAUGUCAGAAAAACACUGGCAUCCGUAUUCUGUUCUUUACAUAAUAUAUUAUAGUUUAUCUUAUUAUUAUCACUAUAAUCACUAUAAAAUCAGAAAUUUAAAAAUAUUAUACAUAUAUUUAAGCUGACGGGAAAACAACUGUCUUAGGAUUUUUUCUAUAACAUAUUUCACAUAAUACAUUUUUUGUACAGUAAGUACGUAAUGCUAAAAGCCAAUUUCUGUAUCAUGUCAUGUCUACCGAAAAAAUAA